AUGGAGGAAAUGGGUACAGGCUUUGCUUCUCUUUUCUUGCCUACAAACCAUAACGAUCUCCUUGUUCUAUGUCAAAAGAAAAAGAGUUCCCGCUCAUCAACCAAACCGAAGGCUUCCUUCUGGCUCGCAAACAAGUUGCUCAAGCUCAAAGAUGUAGUCUUCCCGCUCAUCAAGCUUCGACUGGAGAAUGGUACGUCGGCACGGUUCUGGUUUGAUAAUUGGUCGCCUUUUGAAAGCAUUGCUACCUAUCUCAACUUGACUGGCUCAAGACUUGGCAUCCCACUAUCUGCAACGGUAGCUUCUCUCUCUAGGAACGGUAACUGGCGUCUCCCACCUGCAAGAUCAGAGCAACAAACCCAACUUCAGAUUCACUUGACGACUGUCAAUUUAACUUCAGAUAAAGACUACUUCGAAUGGGAAAUUGAUAGUAGGGUCACCACCACCUUCUCAACUGGUGAUGUCUAUACCUAUCUUAGAGGAACAGUGAAUGAGGUUGACUGGGCUACUGUGGUUUGGAACUCUUAUGGGAUCUCUCGUCACAACUUCCACACAUGGCUAAUGAUUUUGGAUAGGUGCCCGACGAGAGACCGCUUGCUCCGUUGGGGAAUCUCAGUUUCACAUCUCUGCUUGCUGUGUAACAAUGCUUCUGAGAGCCGUGAUCACAUCUAUUUCGACUGUAACUUCUCCUUCGACUUAUGGGCAAUAAGCGCGAGGAGAUGUGGGCUCACUCCAAACCGUUCCUGGUCAGACACCAUCACGCAACUGAAAAGCCUCCCAAUGGACCGUUCAUCGAGACCUCAUAGACUUCUUGUCCUCCUAGCUUGGCAAUCUACGAUUUAUUGGGUCUGGAAUGAGAGAAACGCACGGUUGCACUCUAACACCUAUCGCUCCAUCGACUCUCUCUUCAAAACUAUUGAUCUUCAGAUUAGAAACAGAACUCAGAGUUUCCGGGUGACUAACCCAAGACUGUCUUCCCAACUACUACAGUCCUGGAUCCGACUUGCAUGA